UUUGUAGUGGUCGCCAAUGUAUCCGAUGAAGAAAUGCAAGAACAUUAUGACAAUUUUUUUGAAGAUGUUUUCGUUGAGUGUGAAGAUAAAUAUGGUGAAAUAGAAGAAAUGAAUGUCUGUGACAAUCUUGGAGAUCAUUUGGUUGGAAAUGUUUAUAUUAAGUUUCGAAGAGAAGAAGAUGCAGAACGAGCGGUAAAUGAUUUAAACAAUAGAUGGUUCGGUGGAAGACCAGUUUAUGCUGAACUUUCACCAGUUACUGACUUCAGAGAAGCUUGUUGUCGUCAGUAUGAAAUGGGUGAAUGUACUCGUUCUGGAUUCUGCAACUUCAUGCACUUGAAACCUAUUUCUCGAGAAUUACGACGUUAUCUAUACAGCCGCAAAAAGGGUGGUAAGGGACGAUCGAGAUCACGUUCGCGGUCUCGUGGUCGUGAUCGCAAGAGAAGAUCACGUUCUCGUGACAGAAGAUCGAGAUCCAAAGAUCGUCGAAAAGGUAGAGACGACAAAGGUAGAGAUGGACGGUCUGGGAGGUAUUAAUUGUAAUUUCUAAUUGUAAUAAUUCCUGAUAGAAAGAUCUAAAUCGAUCUUAUUAUCCUUUUGAAUGUCUUGUUGAAGAAGGUGUACUUCGUUGUACAUUUUAAAAUUUUCAUUCACUUGUUGGUUAAAAAAACAUGAAUAAUAUUAGUUUCUUCACUUUAAC